AUACAACCGCCAUUUUGUUAUGCUUACGAGAAUAAAAAAAUAUCAUUCUAGGGUAAAAUGGGGUUAUUAUUUGAUUUUCAUUCGUAUUAUCAAUGUAAUUAGUGUUUAUAUUCGAGUUGCGUGAUGUGUGUAACUAAGAACUAAGGUAGUCAUUUGGAGUGAGGAAAAAUGGCGGUGUUUAGAGUAUAAAGUUUCGUCCAUUUUAGAAACAUCAUCAGAUUAACAGAAAAUUAAAAAUGGACGGUGACCUUAUAGAAAAGCUCUUACAAACGUCGGGUUUAUCAUGUGAAGAUUUGCUUGUUAAACUUCAGCAAUAUAAAUUAAUGCAAUCGAGUAAAUUGGAGAAGAAACAAGAGGAAAGCAUAAUUCAUGAAGAAAACGUCCCUGAGGAACAGCAGUGCACUAGAAAUACUGAUAAUUCUGUGAUACUAGAAACCCAAAGUUGUACAGUAGAUAGUAGUAGCAGUGCAAAUGAUUCUACAAAUGAUACACAAGUUGUUAUUUCACUUAAAGAAAACAUAAAAGAAAUUGCACACAAACCAGUUGAAGAAAAGCUUUUAGCUGAUUAUCAAAAUGAUAACAGUUGUGACAGUUCUUUUGUCCAAAAGAUAAAAGGAGCAGAAAGUUUUGAAGAAUCUGCGGAAAAACGAGGUUUUAAGGACAUCAAGAGUAUCUCAGUUGUGGAAGAUGAAAAAGAAAAUGAAUAUGGUGAAGAAAGUGUUGAAAAACUUGUUGAAAAAAAAUAUGAAGCAAAUGAUCAGAAUAAUGACAGUUGCAAUGUCUCAGUUGUGGAAGGUGAAAAAAAAAAUGAAUGUAGCGAGGAAAGUGUUGGAAAACUUAUUGAAGAGAAACAUGAAACAAGUGAACAGAAUAAUGACACUGAUAAAAGUACAGUUUUACAGAAUCUGAGCAAAGUGGAAAGCAAUGAAGAAAUUGUUGUAAAAUCAUUGGAAGUAGAACCCGAGACGGAUGAUAUGGAUAAAACGAGUUGCAGUAAGGAAAUGAGUGAAGAAAUUAUGGAAAAUCAAGUUGAAGAAGAAACAAUUAGAGAAAACAUUGUAGAGAGACUACUUCGAAAAACAUCAGCAACGAGUCGUAAAGAUAAUUGUGAGGAAAUUGGGAAGAAACCAGUUGAUGAGGGUUCGAAAACAGAUAAAGGUGCUAACGAAAAAAUUUCUGAAAAUACAUGUAAAGAUGACACUAAAAUGUUUAGUGAAGAUUCGUCCAACAGUGCUGACAUACAUAAUUAUAGUGAUUUCAUAAACAGUUUAGAAGAAGAAGAUUCAGCUUCUUGUGCAAGUGUAUUAUCCAAAUCAACCUUGGAUACUUCUGAAACUGUUACCAGUGUUCAACCAGAAAUGUCUGUUUCUGAAGUACUACCAACAUCAGAAGAACAGUUAAGAGAUGUAUUGAAAAUGCAGCUUUCUUCGUUACGUAAUAUGAAAAAAAGUAGUGGUUAUCUUCCAGAUUUUAAUAGGAGAUCAAUAUUUUUUCAUAAUUUGAAAAAGAAACGAAAAUCUUGCGAUGUAAAAACCAUUAAACCAGUUACAGAAACCGAAAAUAAUGAAGAAGAGGGAAAGAAACAUGAAGAAAAUAGUAAUAAAGUCGAUACAAUUAAUGAUGAUUCUUUAGUGUCGUUGUCAGAUCAGACAGAUUUUGUUAUAGUUGAUGUUACAGGAGGAAUUGACAGGUUAACCCCGGAAAUAAAUGAAACAGGAAAUAAAGAAGACAUUGAAGAAAGAUGCUUUGCUGCUGUUAGUAGCAAUGGUAAUGAAGAUGUGCCAAUUGAAAGUAGUAAAGAUAUGUCUGAGCUAACUAAUGUAAAUAAUAUUGAAGAUGCGACGAAGAAUUACUCGCCAAGUAAAGAAAUUAGAAAUCUUCUUACAAAUUAUAGAAGAAAAAUGUCUUUGAACUAUUUUGACGCUAAUUUUUCAACACUAAAAGGUCAAGAUAAAUUCAAGACGAUUGUGAAAGGUCAAGAUCAACAUCAAAACUUAUCAACAGAAGAUAUUAAUCCACAUCAAAUUCAGGGCAAACUAGUGCAAAUUUCUGUGAAGAAAAACAUUUCAGAAAAUUUUGAUGAAGAUCCUGGAAUAAAUAAAUCUGUUAAAAAUAACGAAAAGUCUCCAUUUGUGAGCGACUCUUUAGAAGAUUUUUUAAACGAAAGUUCCCAGUUGAAAAUAAGUUACUCAAUCCCAAAAUUAGGAGCUGAAGAAGGAAUCAAUGAAAGUACAAAAGAAAUCAGUCCUUUUGAUAGUAUGGUUAAAGUGCAGAAAAUAGAACCAGUUAUUGAAAAAGAAACACCACAAAGAGAACCAAAAUUGAUUAAAGCAAAAACGUUGGCUGAUAUGAGGAGACAAUUUGAGAAAUUAAAUGCUAAAGAAGCUAAGAAAAGAGAAAAGGAAACGAAGAGUGAAAGUCCAAAAAUAUCUUCAUACCGAAAUAGUCAUAUUAUUUAUAAUAAUAAGAAAUUAUGGGUGACUACUAAAACUAACACUAGUUGCGCGGGUGUGAUCAACUCAUCAGAUGGAAAAGAUCAUUUGUCAGCUGUAAGUAACAAAAAACCAUCACUUCUGUCAACAUUGCAUCAACGAAAAAGGCGGAGUGUUAGUUAUAAGCCCGGACCUCUUUCUAAAAAAUUUAAGUUACAAGAUACGUAUAGUCGCGAUAAGUGGACAACUGAACUGAAAGUUUUACCCAAAAUUUACUUAGAGGUGACUCCCGAGUUUAAAAAAGCGAUUGAUCCAGAAGUAGUUCAUUUGAUGCCAAUUUUUGAUGAUUGUGUUAUAACCGAAGAAAGAACGAAUUUUGCUUUGACCGCUUUGAAGCUGGACGACGAACCAAAGUCGUACACUUUCCCAAUUUCCUACAAAAACAAUCAAACGCAGAUAACUGUGCGAAAGCGAGUAGAACCAAUUUUGACCAAUUCAGAGGUUGGUGAUUCUGAUCCAGAGAAAGUUAUAGCAAGUGUGCUUAGCGAUCUUAUUAGUUAUGUUGAAGUUAAGGAAAUUGAAGACACUUUAAUAAAAGAUGACGAUAUUGUUUUGGAAGAUCCAGAACCGAUUACUGAGGUAACACCUAAAUCUAGAGGUCGCAGAAUUAAGCGUAAUAAAGUAGACUUGGAACUUCUUCGACUUAGCUGUAAAGUCAUUGAUGUUGCAACUAAUGAAACCGAAAACAAACCAUGUUCCAAAUCUUUUUGUAAAAUGGGAUGUGUUUGCAGGAGUUUACUUUGUGAAAGUGUUUUUUCCGAUCAUUGUCAAUUGGUUGAUUGUAUGUUUGGAUGCAAAUGUCCUCCUACUACUAGUGAUACUUCAAGUAAUUCAUUACCUGCUCACACUGUUAACCACUUGGAAGAUAAAGCUAAGAAAAAUUUAGCGAAAGUAGAGCGAGAAUUUACCCAAACUGUAAUCCACACUGACAAUGAUACGAUUCUUGUUGGAACAGGAAAAGUGAGGAGAUGCACCAAAACACCAAAGAAGUACACCGAUUAUAUUGGCGAUGUGGACGAUAUUGUUAUAAAACCUGCAAUUGACGUCGAAACCAAGAAGCCACUGAGAGUUAAAAACUGUUCAGUAGUUUUGGAACGGUUGAAUUUGGGGAAUAUUAAACCCCUUUGUCUCUAUCACAGACUGUACGAUUGUGAUAGAUGUGCUAGUAGGUUACCAUAUGUGGACAAACCAUACUGUUUUCGUCAUAGGAUUUUCAACUGUUCCUGUAACAAAGACCGCGAAGUGAAACAACCUAACUACAAGAUCAUAAAUCAGAAGCCGGCUGAAAGUUGCGCAAGAAUCCGUAGAGUUUUUUCCCAAUAUAAAGAACGGAAUAAAGAUCCUUUAUACAAUGCAAAAUUGCGAAGGAAGAAUCAACAAAAAUUUCGACCUGAUCUUGAACAAAUUAUAAAAGACGCCAUUAAAGUGACUAGCGAACCAAAACAAUAUGAAGGCAAAAAGCCAAGUAAGCGGAAACAAUCUUUUGUUGUUCGUGAAGACGAGCCAGUCCUUUAUCCAAGAAAAGAGACAUUUAGUCCUAAAGUCUCGCCCUGUCUAGAUAAUCAAGUUGACAAAGAUAGAGAGAUGCAAAUUGUUUCUCCAGGUAACGAAUUUCAAAUCCGUCGUCCUGAUAAAGAAUUUGCUCUUCAGCGGAGGAAGAAAAAGAAGUUUGUAAUAGACACACAUUUUCAAAAAGCUUCAGCCGAUUAUGGAAUUUUUGACGGAGAAAUAAAACUUUCUCUUAAAGAAAACCAAAACAUGUUACCUUUUGUUCACAACCAAGCUUCCUUGGAAUACCUUCGAAUUUUGCCAUGGACAAAUUUAAUUAAAAAUUUUCAAGACCGAAAAAUGUUAAUUUGGGCAAAAGAAAAUGGAGCAACGAUUCUAUGCAACGCUGUUGGAUAUCUCCCACCGAAGAAUUUUGUCAACAUAAGAAGAUUAAAAAAUAAAUCGGAAUUUAUUACUUGGAUUGUAACAAAUCAUUUGCCGAAUCACAUACCUCGUAAUCUUAUGCAUGUCAUAUUAUCACCAAGAAAGAAUCACUACAUGAUUUCCGGUUAUUGUUUAAAGAAAGCUGAAGACAUUAAUGCCACUAGUGUUAAUUUAAAUUUAGAAAAUAGUCAAAUACCAAAACUUGAGACAGCACAACCUUCUACCAGUUUUGAAAAUCUUUUAACAAAUGUAGAAAGCCGCGAAACAACUACUAGUAAAACGGACGACAUUACUCUAAAUUCACUUCUGAAGGAUCACAGCACAUUUAAAUUUUCGAGAUUGUAUAAAUCAGUCUUACUUAAACCAAAACCAUCACCGGAAAAAAGGCCAAAUUCUGUGGUACUUGAGAACAAGAAUUCUGGAAUAGUAAAACUCAAAACAUCAACUACAUCAAUAAAACCUGUAUCGGGGGGUGCAAUAGAAGUGAAUGUGCUUCCACUUCCAAAGUGUCCCUCACAGAGAGAUUCUGAGACAAUUGAAAUUGAUUGUGGGUCAAAUCCAGAAGCUCAGGAUAAUUCUCAAGAUGGCUUUGUAAGACAAACUAGUGAUACGUACGAAUUAGAUGAAGUCACUUCUCAAGUAAAGGAAACUUCACAAUUACCAAACAAGUUGUCUGAAAAUACGAAUUCAAGUAGUACACAUGCUCUUCUUCCGGAGAGAACUUUGAAAUGUACUCAUAAAGAUAUGCACAAUCACAAGAAGACUAUUGUUUUAACCCACAAAGAGUUAGUGAAACGUCGGGUUUACUUAGAAAAUGAUGCUUUAGGAAGUGAAAUGGUUCUGCCACUACCAAGAGUACAAAAGAGUUGUCGAUGGAGAAUGAUCUAUCUUAAUUCGGAUUUCAGUUACCUCAAUUUUACCAAAUCAAACUACUCGAUAAAAUAUACAGAUUUGUUAGAUGUUGUAAAAAUGGCAAGUACAGUUGGAUCAACUAUAAUUCUUCGCAAUCAGGAAAUACGUCAGUUUUACAAAAAUUUCAUGUUUGGGAUAUUUUGCGUACCGGACUACCAGGAUCGUAUCUUUGUCGGUCCCUAUUUCCAGUCGGAGAAACAUAAUAUCGAAACUUUGAGAUAUUUGCAAGGAAAAUUGAUAGACACUGAGACUUUCAAUAAAAUAAUUGGGAAGAAAGUUAACGAAAAAGGUCCAGUGUGGGUUUAUGAAGUGCUAUGUCCUAACAGCUUACCGGACGGCCUUGUGAUUGAUAUAACUGAAGAUGAUGAAGUUCCUAUGACCAAUGAGGGCGUUGACGUUUUAUUAGAACCUUUAUCCAACAGUUUAUUUUGCCCUCCAUUUGUUAAAGAAUUAAAUGAAGAAGAGUUAAAGUUGAAACACAGUUUUAAUAGAUAUAUCAUUACUAAUAUCCCUUAUUUGGGAUAUUUCGGUGCUUGCCAACGUGACAGCAAAGAAAUUGAAGUCUUCUGGCCCAACAAUACAAGAGGUUAUAGGUUUCCAAAUGUGACUCUUGCGAAAAAUUUGUUAAUACACUACUUGUCCCAGAUUUUCUGCCCUAUUCCUCAGUCUUUCAAAAUCAACGUUAUAAUAAUGACUCAUCUAGAUCUAAAGACGAACACACCAGUCAACUCUAGAUAUUUGACUGAACCUGGACCUUUUUUUUGUGGUGAGUUUGGCAUCUACGACAAAGGAAAUGUGCCCGAAGACUUACUUCAAGAGUGUAACGUGCCAUCACUUGACUCACUAUUAAAAACUUACAAAAAAUUUCUAGAAGAUGAUGAAUCGAUUAUUAAAUUGUUUGGUUUGUUUCUAAUGUCGAAUGAAGAGUUGCGGAAAUUCCCAGAGCCUCAACAAAUCUUACAGUGGGCGAGUUCUGAGAUUUAUGUCCAAAAGAAACUUUCUGAUAAUUAUGACUCGGAAAAAAAUGAUUUGAAAAGUAUGAUUCGUAAAAAAAUGGAAUAUAUAAAGGGGUUGCGUAAAGAAAUAAGAGAUAGUCAAACGAGCAGUAAGGUGUCAGAAACUAUAGAGAUUCCAGAUUCUGAUGAUGAAGAUAAGCAGCAAACUCAAAGUGAAGUAAAAAAUACGAGUAAAGUAAUUGGUUAUGAAAUGGCAAUGAAAAAAACUUUAUUAAGCAAACCCAAAAGUCUCCUAUUGAAAAGGAAAGUUGUGGUACCUGCUCAAUCAGUACUCAAAAAGAAUGACCAAGAGAAAGACACCAAACUGUCGCCAGUAAAAAAUGUCAUAAUGCCAGUUGUUGUGGAUAAUUUUUUUUAAUAUUGUUACUUCUUGUAACGGAAGACUGGAAUUGAACUUUUGUAAUUCAAGUAAUGUUAAUUUUGUGUAUAUAUUAUUUCCACUGUGUUUAUUUUGUAACGUGGGAAGACCCCGCAAUAAUGUGAUUAUUAAUGUUAUAGUUUCAUUGAAUAAAUUUGUUUACGAGCAAAUUGUAGUUUUACUAGCCCUUACAAAAAUUGACCGAUAAUUAAAAGUGAAUUAAGCGAGAUGAUGAAGCAUGUGGAGGAAUUCAUGUAUGACUAAAGGGGUGACUAGUUGGGGUAAAUUGGUCAUGUGUGUGAUUCAGUCUAUUAGAUGCUUCAAAAGACGGGUGCAAGAAUUCAAAAUUUCAAAAAAAAAAAAGAAUUUGGAUGAUUUUGAUUUAGACUUGAGGUGAAAUUCGU